CACCGAUGAUAAUGAUUUUGUAUUAUCACACCUGUUUCUGGUACCGGCCGCUCUAUUAAAGCCUCUACAAGCAACUGUAAUCGACGGAUUGAUUCACUGUAAUUCCUGAAAAAGGUCACUGUCGAUUUUCCGGUAUUUUCGUGGUGGAAACGUAGCAGGGUAGUCCUGCGACCUUUCUCUGCCAGUGUGGUGGAUUACUUUUUUUGAGCUGAAUGUUGUUGGGCCAAAAUGAAACUUAUUUGGUGGAGCUUCUUUAGUUUCAUCGCCGCCAUUUUUCUGGAUUUUCGGACAACCCGAGCAGAAAGCCCGGAAGAAUGGAAUAGAAUAGCGGAAGAAGAGCUGCGCAAAGCACUGGAAAUGAAGCCGAAUACGAAGAAAGCCAAGAAUAUUCUCUUCUUCCUGGGAGAUGGAAUGGGCAUAUCCACGCUGACUGCUGGCCGAAUCUACAAAGGUCAACGUCAUAGACGCACUGGCGAGGAAGGAACGCUGGUUUUUGAAGAGUUUCCUCACUUGGGUCUGGCCAAAACAUAUAACGACAACUAUCAAACACCGGAUUCAGCAGGCACUGCCACGGCGUACUUCUGCGGCCAGAAAGUGGCCAUGGGCGUUCUCGGUGUGGACAGUACGGUGCGUUGGAAUAACUGCAGCUCGGCCACCAAAGACCACGACAUCUCGUCCAUCCUGGAAUGGGCACAGGAUGCCGGCAAGGCCACAGGAAUUGUGACGACAACACGCAUUACCCACGCUACUCCGGCCGCCACCUAUGCACACACUCCGGAUCGCGACUGGGAGGCGGAUGUGGAUCUGCCGGAAGCGGAUCGAACGCAGUGCGUAGAUAUCGCCAAGCAGAUGAUCGACAACAAUCCAGGGCGAAGAGCUAAUGUUAUAUUUGGCGGAGGAUUGAGCAAGUUCACACCGACCAGCGAACUGUCGGCUUCUGGUUCCGGAAAGAAAGGAUCUCGCUUGGAUGGCCAGAACCUAUUUCGAAAAUGGAAAACUCACAAAACGACUGAUGGCCUUGGCGCGAAAGCCCAGUUAAUAACAAACCGGGACCAGAUGAAUGCUCUGACACCAGAAAACACCGAUUACGUCCUAGGAUUAUUCAGUGAUGACCAUUUGGAAUAUGAACUGAAGAGGAACCGCACCGCUCGCUCCCAGCCAUCCCUGACAGAAAUGACCCGUAAAGCCAUUGAACUGCUUUCCAAACACGAACAGGGAUUUUUCUUGGCAGUUGAAGGAGGACGCAUCGAUCACGCUCAUCAUGAUGGAUUUGCAAAAUUAGCACUGCAUGAAGUGUUCGAAUUUGAUAAUGCAAUUACAGCUGCUAUGAAAAUGGUGCCCCUCGAGGAUACUCUUAUCAUCGUGACCGGAGAUCAUUCACACACGUUGAAUAUCGUUGGUUAUCCGGAGCGCGGGAAUGGGAUAUUGAAACUGGGCGGUAAGGAUAAAAGUCGACUGCCUUAUACCACCCUCUCGUAUGCCAAUGGUCCCGGGGCAGUAAAAGAUCUGCCUCGCAAAGAUCUUACGCAUGUGGAUACCGAGCACGAAGAUUUCCAGCAGGAAGCCCUGGUUUCCCUGGAUUCCGAAACGCACGGCGGUGAAGAUGUGGCGAUCUAUGCUCGUGGACCAUUUGCGCAUUUAUUCCACACCCUGCACGAACAGCACUAUAUUGCGCAUGCCAUGGACUACGCGGCAUGCUACCGGAAGCGAUACGGCGUGCACUGCAAAACUGCUGAAGAUGGCGAAGAGGAGCUAAAGCAAACCAUCCACUCCCGUCAUCUUCGACAGGGACACUGAUUAAACGCCGCUGAAAACAAUUUGAUUCGGAUCAGCGUUAAAGUUGUAUCGGUUUUGAGGUUGCAGCUGUUUUUGGGCAUGAAAUAAAAUCUUUAAUUUGAUGUAACGGAUUA